AUGUCGGAAGGCGAAGAGGUUGUGAAAGAACCGGACGAACCUAAACCGGAAGAACCUAAGGAAGAAGUAGCAGAACCUAUUGCAACUGAUCAACCUGAAACCACCCCAGAUGCGGAAACGACAGUUGUAUCUGAACCUAAGAUAGAAGAAAAUGUUCCAGAAGCUUCAGCAAAUCCAGAGUCCGGUGAUGUUCCUGAAACACCAGAGGUUAUUCCUGGAGAAGCGGCUCCUGAAUCUGAUGUACCAGCUGAAGGAGAACAGGUUCCAGAAGGUGAAGCAGCUGCUGAAUCUCCAGCAGAAGAAGGUGAUAAAGCGGAAGGUGAAGCUAAACCUGACGGGGAAGCGGAUCCGGAUGCUGUUAAACCAGAAUCGAAAUCGAGCUCCGAAUCAUCGACAACCACCCCCGAUAUAGAUGAGGAAGAAGUAGAGCCUGAGUUCGAUAUGAACGAAGGCGAAGAGGAGGAGGAGGAAGUUGAAGAAGAACUAACGGAAGCUUUAGUAGAAACUGAAGAAGAGUUUAUGGAGGAAGAGAUUGAAGAGGAGAGUGUAGAAGAGGAAGAGAUUCCUUUUGUGAGCGUAUUUGAACGGUUGGAUGCCCCGAGAGAUUUGCUUCCGCCUUUAGAGAUCACCGAAGCUAUGCUGAAGAAUAUUUCGGUGCAGUUGGGCCAGAUCAGGCUGUGCUGGCCGAAAAAAGAGAAUGUCAGUUUGCCUACUUUCAUGACCAACGUUAUACUUCCUGAUGGGUACUUGAUCAAUACUAACAAGGAAAAACUGUUGCUGCUGUACGCAGAAAACUUUCGUCAGCAGUACCAUAGCACAUUCACUAACAGGAAACCACUUCUAUUGGCUGCAGAUAAUGUAGUGGGACAACGGGUAUGA